AUGGCUGACCAUCUCUGCUCUUCGCCCUCCUCUCUCUGCCAUGACCACCAUUAUAUCCACAACUCUCUUUCUUUCUCACGGAAAUCGAGGCUGAGAAGCUUCAAUAGCUUCUCUUUCAAACCCAAUUCUCUCUCACUUCACUCAAGAACCUUUCUCCAAAUCACCCAUGUCUCUUUAGAGGACCCAAUUCCACAAGAAACCCAGAAGGCAGAUGCCUCAAAUCCACCAAAUUCUCAAGACCCAGAUAGGAAAACCAAAAGUUACAUCUGGGUCAACCCCAGAAGCCCCAGAGCUUCGAAGCUUCGUCAGCACUCGUAUGAUGCCAGGUAUGCUUCUCUAGUGAAAAUAGCCGAGUCUUUGGACUCGUGUGAGGCCACUGAGGAAGAUGUUUCUCAGGUUUUGAGGUGUUUAGGUGAUAAGAUAUUAGAGCAGGACGCUGUGAUUGUCCUCAACAACAUGACGAACCCGGAAACGGCACUUCUUGCUUUUGGUUUCUUUCGGAAGAGAUUGAAACCGAGCAGAGAGGUGAUUCUGUAUAAUGUGACCUUGAAGGUUUUUAGGAAGUGUAGGAACUUGGAUAGAGCAGAGAAGCUGUUUGAUGAAAUGCUUGAGAGAGGAGUUAAGCCUGAUAAUAUUACGUUUUCGACAAUAAUUAGCUGUGCUAGGGUUAGUUCUCUGCCCAAUAAGGCUGUGGAGUGGUUUGAGAAGAUGCCUGAAUUCGGGUGUCAUCCUGAUGAUGUUACCUACUCGGCCAUGAUCGAUGCGUAUGGACGAGCUGGCAAUGUUGAUAUGGCAUUGAAAUUGUAUGAUCGUGCACGAACAGAAAAAUGGAGGAUUGAUCCGGUGACAUUCUCGACAUUGAUUAGAAUUUAUGGGAUGUCAGGAAAUUUUGAUGGGUGCUUGAAUGUGUAUGAAGAGAUGAAGGCUCUUGGAGUUAAGCCCAACUUGGUUAUAUAUAAUACUUUGUUGGAUGCUAUGGGAAGAGCCAAGAGACCUUGGCAGGCGAAGAAUAUUUACAAAGAGAUGACCAACAAUGGCCUCUAACCGAGUUGGGGAACUUAUGCUGCCUUGUUACGGGCCUAUGGCAGAGCACGCUAUGCUGAAGACGCUCUUAUUGUGUACAAAGAGAUGAAGGAGAAGGGGUUGGAGUUGAGUGUGGUUCUUUAUAAUACUCUCUUAGCUAUGUGUGCUGAUGUUGGCUACACUGAAGAAGCUGCUGCAAUUUUUGAAGAUAUGAAGAGUUCUGGGAAUUGCAUGCCAGACAGUUGGACAUUUUCAUCAUUGAUUACCAUAUAUUCCUGUAGUGGGAAGGUCCCAGAGGCAGAAGCCAUGUUGAAUGCAAUGUUGGAAGCAGGUUUUGAGCCAAAUAUCUUUGUUUUGACAUCACUUAUUCAAUGCUAUGGGAAAGCCAAUCGUACAGAUGAGGUUGUUAGGACAUUUGACCGGCUUUUGGAAUUA